ACCUUUUCAUUUUUUUUUUUUUUUUUUAUAUAUCAACACAUUUUCCAUCUAAAUUUUCUCUUCCUUUCCCACCCAUUUUCUUUUCCCGGAAAAUAUCAUCAUCAUUCAUUCUUUCCAGAAUCCAUGUCGUCGGUGGACAAGGGUAGGCCACUACCAAAGUUUGGCGAAUGGGAUGUCAACGAUCCAGCUUCAGCUGAAGGUUACACGGUGAUUUUUAACAAAGCUAGGGAUGAGAAAAAGACAGGUGGCAAACCUGAUUCGCCUGCAAAGAAAAACCCUCAGAACAGGCCUCCAUUAGAGAAUGGCAAACCUCCUGGUAAAAGUUGGUUUUGCUGCAUACAUAAUCCUCCAGCUGAAUCAUAGUAAUGAUUCGUCCUAUGUAUAUGGUUAAUCGAAAGCCGUGUUUAUGUGUAACUAGCUGCCAAUGUUCUCAGGGAUAUGAGCUGUUGAGCAUAAUGAAUUCUGCAGUAGCAGUGGGGGAGAGUAAAGAUAACAGACUAUUUUUUGUAUGUAUCUAUAUAUCACUGUCGUGGUUUAUAUUAUUAUGAGCAAAGGUUGCUCCCUUUUUUGCUUUUUCUUUCUCUACUGGCUGUAGAGGUUUGCUUGUUCCAUUAUAUUUCAUGUAUUACAACAAUACAUUUCUUAUUUUAUGAGCUGAUUUAUUCCCUUUA